AUGGAGCUGAGCUUGGAGAGUCUGGGGGGGCUGCACGGCGUGGCCCACGCGCCGGCGGGCGAGCUGCUGAGCCCGGGCCACGCGCGCUCCGCGGCGGCGCAACACCGCGGCCUGGUGGCGCCCGGGCGGCCCGGCCUGGUGGCGGGCAUGGCCAGCUUGCUGGGCGGCGGCGGCGGCGGGCGGCGGCGGGGCGGGCGCGGGGCGCGGGGGGGCGCGGGCGGCGGCGCCGAUUUCCGCGGCGAGCUGGCCGGCCCGCUGCACCCCGCCAUGGGCAUGGCCUGCGAGGCGCCCGGCCUGGGGGGCACCUACACCACGCUCACGCCCCUGCAGCACCUGCCGCCGCUCGCCGCCGUGGCCGACAAGUUCCACCAGCACGCGGCGGCCGCGGCGGUGGCCGGGGCGCACGGCGGCCACCCGCACGCCCACCCGCACCCCGCGCCCGCGCCGCCCCCGCCGCAGCGCCUGGCGGCCAGCGUGAGCGGCAGCUUCACCCUCAUGCGCGACGAGCGCGCGGCGCUCGCCUCCGUGGGCCACCUCUACGGGCCCUACGGCAAGGAGCUGCAGGCCAUGGGCUCGCCGCUGUCGCCGCUGCCCAACGCGCUGCCCCCCGCGCUGCACGGCGCCCCGCAGCCCCCGCCGCCGCCGCCGCCGCCGCUGGCCGCCUACGGCGCGCCGGGCCACCUGGCCGGCGACAAGCUGCUGCCCCCCGCCGCCUUCGAGCCCCACGCCGCGCUGCUGGGGCGCGCCGAGGACGCGCUGGCCCGCGGGCUGCCCGGAGGCGGCGGCGGGGGCGGCGGCGGCGGCGGCGCGAGCGGCGGGGGGCCCGCGGGGCUGCUGGCGCCUCUGGGCGGGCUGGCGGCGGCCGGGGCGCACGGGCCGCACUCGGGGGGCGGCGGAGGCGGCCCCGGCGGGGGCGGCCCCGGCGCGGGCGCGGGCGCGGCGGCCGAGGAGAUCAACACCAAGGAGGUGGCGCAGCGCAUCACGGCCGAGCUGAAGCGCUACAGCAUCCCGCAGGCCAUCUUCGCGCAGCGCAUCCUGUGCCGCUCGCAGGGGACCCUGUCCGACCUGCUGCGGAACCCCAAGCCCUGGAGCAAGCUCAAGUCGGGCCGCGAGACCUUCCGCAGGAUGUGGAAAUGGCUGCAGGAGCCCGAGUUCCAGCGCAUGUCGGCGCUGCGUCUCGCAGCCUGCAAGCGCAAAGAGCAGGAGCAGCAGAAGGAGCGCGCGCUGCAGCCCAAGAAGCAGCGGCUGGUGUUCACCGACCUGCAGCGGCGCACGCUCAUCGCCAUCUUCAAGGAGAACAAGCGGCCCUCCAAGGAGAUGCAGGUCACCAUCUCUCAGCAGCUCGGCCUGGAGCUCAACACCGUCAGCAACUUCUUCAUGAACGCGCGGCGCCGCUGCAUGAACCGCUGGGCCGAGGAGCCCCCCGCCGCGCCCGGGGGCCCCGCCGGCGCCGCCGCCACCUUCUCCAAGGCCUGA